AUGCUGCGUUACUCCGUUUCUCACGUGCUCAACAUGUCACAUGAUUACGCCUCCCUGCAUCCCGACUCCAGUCUGGGUAGUGAGGCCGUUCCGAGCGAAUUCAACGUUGGGGCUGCUUCGGGCGACAGCGCGGUAACUAGUCUCUCCCUCGACGACAAAGGAAGUGUCAGGCAGACUGCCCCGCGACAGAACCAAUUGCGAAAUUGGACGACACACAGUCUACUGCAUGAGAUGCCACUGCGUGAGCGACGCCAGUUGCAGAAUGGGCUGGUGAAGACUCAGCUCUGGCGCCGUUGCGAUUCCACCACCAGUUGUAGCAGCAGCAGUCGACAAAGGCUCAAUGGCCUCACAGAGGCUGUUCAUCGGGAUGGAAAGUACAACAACACCAGCGCUGAGGGGAGCCGGCAGGCUUCACAGUUUUACCGCCAAACAUCCGGUACAUCGGACUAUGAACGCAGUCAAAACUGUCGACUCAACUCUUCUGUCAGCGACUACGGCAAAUCCAGUCUUGAGAGCCUAACUUCCGACUCUCCCAUUGAUAUGUGCAGUGACGCGGAGGAGAACAACAUGGAGGCUGGUAAUGAUGAUGAUGAUGAUGAUUCUAGCGUGAAACUCGGCCGAGAUCGGGCUUCCUCAGACGACUGUCGACAAGACGAAAACCCCCCUAUGGCCGAGUCAGGAGACGGGCCAGGAGAGAAUAAUGUGAAGAAUAGACCUUUGGAGUCUGCCAAUUUGAAGGUUGCAGACGUCCAGAGGGACACGGAUCCCACCCUGAAGCAGUUGGAUCGAUUCAGUCUCCUCACGGCCGUCUACAGGGAUGUCCUCUCCUGUGUCGGAGAAGACCCUGAUCGAGAGGGGCUGAUCAAGACUCCGGAACGAGCUGCACGUGCUAUGUUCUACUUCACAAAGGGCUACGAAGAGCGCAUAUGUGAUCUCCUGAAUGAUGCCAUCUUCGAUGAGAAUCACGAAGAAAUGGUGGUAGUGAGGGAUAUCGAAAUGUUCUCCAUGUGUGAACACCACUUGGUGCCGUUUGUUGGCCGGGUUUCAAUCGGUUAUCUGCCAAACGGCAAGGUCCUGGGACUGAGUAAACUGGCGCGCAUCGUGGAAGUUUUCUCACGUCGAUUGCAGGUUCAGGAACGACUGACCAAACAGAUUGCGAUGGCGCUAGCGGAAGUCAUUCAGCCAGCAGGAGUCGGCGUGGUUAUCGAGGCGACGCAUAUGUGCAUGGUUAUGCGUGGUGUUCAGAAAAUCAAUGCUGUCACCGUUACCAGCACGAUGCUGGGCCAAUUUAAAGAGGAUCGGAAGUAUCGAAGUGAAUUUCUGGCCCUCAUAGGGAAGGACCGAUGA